CUCCCCAUCAGCACCCCGAGGCGUUCUGACUCUGCCAUCUCGGUGCGUUCCCUCCUCUCUGAGUCCAACAUGUCUCUCCGCUCAACCUUCUCUCUUCACGAGGACGACGACGACACGGAGCCCCUGGUGUUUGCAGAGCAGCCGUCAGUGAAGCUGUGUUGUCAACUCUGCUGCAGCGUCUUCAAAGAUCCUGUCAUCACCACCUGUGGGCACACCUUCUGCAGACGAUGUGCCUUGACCUCCGAUAAAUGUCCAGUGGACACGGCUAAGUUAACGGUGGUGGUGAACAACAUAGCUGUAGCAGAACAGAUAGGAGAGCUGUUUAUCCACUGUAAAUACGGCUGUCGGCUUCUCAACACCGCCAGCCCCGCUUCCCCUAACGGGGCCGGUGGAGGGGCUUCCCCUAACGGGGCUGGAGGAGGGCCUACCGCUAGUAGGGGCGAAGGGACACCUAAGAUGGGAGGACCUGGGAACUUUGAAGUGGAUCCAAUGGGGUGUCCUUUUACCAUCAAGCUCACCACACGCAGGGAGCACGAGGUGAGCUGUGACUACCGUCCGGUUCGCUGUCCCAACAACCCCUCCUGUCCUCCUCUGCUCACCAUGAACCUGGAGGGACACCUGAAGGAAUGCGAACACAUCAAGUGUCCUCACUCCAAAUACGGCUGUGUGUUUAUAGGUAACCAGGAUACAUAUGCCACCCAUCUGGACCUGUGUAAGUUUGAAGGACUGAAGGAGUUCCUCCAACAGACAGAUGACAGGUUCCAUGAGAUGCAGGUGACCCUGUCUCAGAAGGACCAGGAUAUUGCCUUCCUGAGGUCCAUGUUGGGGAAACUGUCUGAGAAACUGGACCAGCUGGAGAAGAACCUGGAACUGAAGUUUGAUGUCCUGGAUGAGAACCAGAGUAAACUGAGUGAAGAUCUGAUGGAGUUCAGGAGAGAUGCUUCCAUGCUCAACGAUGAGUUGUCCCACAUCAACGCCAGACUCAACAUGGGCAUCCUGGGCUCCUACGACCCCCAGCAGAUCUUUAAAUGUAAAGGGACGUUCGUAGGUCACCAGGGGCCAGUCUGGUGUCUGUGUGUCUACUCUACAGGGGACCUGCUGUUCUCUGGGUCCUCGGACAAAACCAUCAAGGUGUGGGAUACCUGCACCACCUAUAAAUGUCAGAAGACUCUGGAGGGUCAUGAUGGAAUCGUGUUGGCGCUGUGUAUACAGGGGAACAGACUGUAUAGUGGCUCAGCUGACUGCACCAUCAUAGUGUGGGACGUCCAGACCCUGCAGAAGGUGAAUACUAUCCGUGCCCAUGACAACCCGGUGUGUACGCUGGUGUCCUCCCACAGCAUGCUGUUCAGCGGAUCCCUCAAGGCCAUCAAGGUGUGGGACAUAGUGGGGACAGAGUUGAAGCUGAAGAAGGAGUUAACAGGACUGAACCACUGGGUCCGUGCUCUAGUGGCCUCCCAGAACCACCUCUACAGUGGAUCAUACCAGACCAUCAAGAUCUGGGAUAUCCGUUCUCUGGACUGUGUUCAUGUCCUCCAGACCAGUGGAGGAAGUGUCUAUUCCAUCGCUGUCACCAACCAUCACAUCGUCUGUGGCACCUACGAGAACCUCAUACACGUCUGGGAUAUCGAGUCGAAGGAGCAGGUCCGAACCCUGACGGGUCACGUGGGGACCGUGUACGCUCUAGCAGUCAUCUCUACACCAGACCAGACCAAAGUGUUCAGCGCUUCCUACGACCGCUCUCUCAGGGUGUGGAGCAUGGACAACAUGAUCUGUACCCAGACCCUCCUCAGACACCAGGGGAGUGUAACUGCCCUGGCCGUCAGCAGGGGGCGCCUGUUCUCUGGAGCCGUAGACAGCACCGUCAAGGUGUGGACAUGUUAGAGGAUGCUGAUUGGUUGAGCAGCCAUAUGUUCCCACCUCAGUGGACGACCCUGUGUCAAACGGACCAUAUGAACUCUGACCCCCACACACACACACACACACACACUGAUUGUGUUUCAUCAUCCUUCAGGAUCAUGACUGUUUUUUUUUUUUUAAUAUCUCUGCUAUAUGAACUUUAACCCCUGAUGUGGGCAGGGUCAGAAGUGGUCACGACCUCUGUGACCUUAGCCCAGUGCAUUAUGGGUGGAGCUGCCGUACCUUAGCUCUGCCCACUGACUACACCAGCCCCUCUCCUGCUUUGGGAUAAUUCCAGGACUGUUUACUGAAGACUUGUUAGCUCCCCCAAGUUAAUGCCUUGGCUUCAGUUCAGCAGGCUAACAGCUGUUAAGAUUCAGACCCAGGCUGUUGGACCAACCCUGAGAAGUGCCAUUACUGACCCGUUACUGACCCGGGGGAGACUGGACCGUUACUGACCCGGGGGAGACUGGACCGUUACUGACCUGGGGGGACUGCACCGUUACUGACUGGACCGUUACUGACCCGGGGGAGACUGGACCGUUACUGACUGGACCGUUACUGACCCGGGGGAGACUGGACCGUUACUGACCUGGGGGGACUGCACCGUUACUGACCCGGGGGGGACUGGACCGUUACUGACUGGACCGUUACUGACUGGACCGUUACCGACCCCGGGGGGGACUGGACCGUUACCGACCCCGGGGGGGACUGGACCGUUAUUGACUGGACCGUUACCGACCCGGUGGAGGACUGGACCGUUAUUGACUGGACCGUUACUGACCCGGUGGAGGACUGGACCGUUACUGACUGGACCGUUAUUGACUGGACCGUUACCGACCCGGGGGGGACUGGACCGUUACCGACCCGGGGGGGACUGGACCGUUACCGACCCCGGGGGGGACUGGACCGUUACUGACCCGGUGGAGGACUGGACCGCAGUGGAACAAGGAUGGAUUCACUAGGAACCAACCGGAAGCAUCUGGAACGGGACCUGCCUGAAGUGUUGUCAAAUAGAAACUCUUGUUUACGUCGCGAAAAGGCGACGUCAGUGUUUUUAAGAACGGACGGUGAUCCCUGGGCUUUGCUUGCUACGACUCGGCUCUGUUCAGGACCACGACUCUGCUGCUCUGGUUUUAGUGCCAUGAUGAUGAUGAGGAUGAUGAUGAUGAUGGUAGGCUGUGUUCAGGACCACGACGCAGCGCUUCUGUCAACGGUUUGAAAUUAACUGUAUCGUACUGAAACAUGUCCGUCGUUAAGGAGACGGUGUGAAAUGAGAGAGAUGCCUACCGUGCCCCUGUUCUCUCUCCCGUGCCCCUGUUCUCUCUCCCGUGCCCCUGUUCUCUCUCCCGUGCCCCUGUUCUCUCUCCCGUGCCCCUGUUCUCUCUCCCGUGCCCCUGUUCUCUCUCCCGCGCCCCUGUUCUCUCUCCCGCGCCCCUGUUCUCUCUCCCGCGCCCCUGUUCUCUCUCCCGCGCCCCUGUUUUCUCUCCCGUGCCCCUGUUUUCUCUCCCGCGCCCCUGUUUUCUCUCCCGCGCCCCUGUUUUCUCUCCCGCGCCCCUGUUUUCUCUCCCGCGCCCCUGUUUUCUCUCCCGCGCCCCUGUUUUCUCUCCCGCGCCCCUGUUUUCUCUCCCGUGCCCCUGUUUUCUCUCCCGUGCCCCUGUUUUCUCUCCCGUGCCCCUGUUCUCUCUUUACUAACCGUGAAACAUGCCUGAAAACUGAUCAUGUCAAUGUGAUCCGUCUGGGGGGGUAAUGUAGAAACUGAUCAUGUUGAUGUGAUCCCUCUGGGGGGGUAAUGUAGAAACGGAUCAUGUCGAUGUGAUCCGUCUGGGGGGGUAAUGUAGAAACUGAUCAUGUCUUCUCUCUGAUUCUAGAUCUGUUAGUAUUCUGUUGUAUACUUGAUGUACGCCUGAUUUAUCCGAUCAUUAAAAUACUGUACACUUUGAA